AUGAAUUUAUUUUUAAAUAAUUUAAUUAUUAAAUUAGAUGCACCUGAAGCUUGAGGGAUUUAUUUCCAAGAUAGUGCUACACCUCAAAUGGAAGGAUUAGUAGAAUUACACGAUAAUAUAAUGUAUUACUUAGUAAUAAUAUUAUUUGCAGUAGGAUGAAUAUUAUUAUCUAUUAUAAGAAAUUUUACUAUUAAUGUAUCACCUAUAUCUCAUAAAUAUUUAAAUCAUGGUACAUUAAUAGAAUUAAUUUGAACUAUAACUCCUGCUGUUAUAUUAAUUUUAAUAGCUUUCCCUUCUUUUAAGUUAUUAUACUUAAUGGAUGAAGUUAGUGAUCCUUCAAUGUCUAUUUUAGCUGAAGGACAUCAAUGAUAUUGAAGUUACCAAUACCCUGAUUUCCUAGAUUCUAAUGAAGAAUUUAUAGAAUUUGAUUCAUAUAUAAUACCAGAAUCUGAUUUAGAAGAAGGAAGCCUAAGAAUGUUAGAAGUAGAUAAUAGAGUAAUAAUUCCAGAAUUAACACAUAUUAGAUUUAUUAUAACAUCAGGUGAUGUUAUACAUGCUUUUUCUUGUGGUUCUUUAGGUAUUAAAUGUGAUGCUUAUCCUGGUAGAUUAAAUCAAGUAUCUGUUUUCGUUAAUAGAGAAGGAGUUUUUUAUGGACAAUGUUCUGAAAUAUGUGGAAUAUUACAUAGUUCUAUGCCUAUUGUUAUUGAAUCUGUUUCUCUAGAAAAAUUUUUAACAUGACUUGAAGAACAAUAA